AUGUCGAGCAGCUACAAGCAGAAGAAGCUCAAGACUGUGGCUACACGCAAGAAAACGCGCAAACGUCACCGGGACGAUGGCCUGACGGUGGACGAUGAUUCGGGUCGGCUGUUCCAGCCCCCGAGGACACGAGAGCCACGGUGGAAAAAGCCAUCAAUGGAGACAGUGACGACCAGUGUGCUGCGCACGAAACGGCAGAAGAAGAGCGAGAAGAAACGGCGUCGAAUGGCAACGACGAAGCGUCCGGACGACGAUACAACUGCUGCUGGCAUUGAGCUGGUCGAGCAAGACGCGGGUUUCUGCCAAGACGGGGAAGCAGCAGAGCUGCACGAGACCGAGGAGUCAAGUAACGCAGAGUCGGAUGCCACUGCACGUCUUUUUGCAUUGCCAAAGACGCCAUUGCGACUGUGCGCGUCGCUAGAAGACGUGGUGGCGCAAGCGGCUGCAAAGCACGCGGACAUCCGGCGCAAAGACGGUCGACAGAAGACCAAAGUGCUGCUGCUGGUUGACGCCCGCUCGAUCUUCAAGCUGAUGAAGAAGAAGCUGAACAUUCGACUGGAGAUGGUCAAGCCCAAGAGUCGACUGGGCGUUGGUUCUGCCAAGAAACCAGAGCUCGUGUACAAGAACACGGGACUGGUGAAGACGCCGCUCGAGCGCUUCAAGGACGUUAACAAGACUGUGCUCACAGGCUACAAGAGCGGCAAACUGUCGUCGAUCCUCGCAGAAGACCUGUCUUUCCACCCGUACGCUGGUUUCAAGGUCCAGCACGUGAUUUUCGUGGCAAAAGAGGCCGCAUCCGUCGUGCAUCUCGACCGCGACCUGCUGCGAAACGUUGCGCUCGAUUCGUUCGUCAUCUACGACGACAAGAGCGCGUCCGAUAGUGACAACGAAGUGCUCCAGACUCUACGUCGAAAUCACGACGUCACAAGUGCAUAG